CUUCUCUUCCCUUUUUUUUCCUUCCCUUUCCUUCCCUUUUCCUCUCCUUUUCUUCGCUGCUCUCCCACUUCUUUCCUUUCCUUUUUUGAUCUCCAAAUAAGCAUGCUCGAACUGAGCUUGUCCGACGUUGCGGCGGAUUCGCCCAACUUUCGCAGCCGAUUUGCCGUUGCCGACGCGUUGACCGGCGACCUCGAGCAGCGCCUCAAGUCGAUCGCCGAAGCUGCCCGCAAGCAUGUCGAAGCGACCCAGCUCGCGCGGCAGAGCGCCCUGUCCUUGCUCGAGCAGGUCCGCGCAUGGACGCAGCAGCACUUGCCAAGCUCAAGCUCAAGCUCAGGACAACAAUCGACCGCUUCGUCGUCCUCCUCGACAUUGCAGAGUAGUAGCGCGCUGGACGAGUCGGACGACGAGACCACCACGGCGUACUUUCACGCAUCGCUCAUGACACUGACGGGCUCGUUCCUGGCAGUGGAGGACCAGCGCGACAUGCUGUGCAAGCAGCUCCAGCGCAUGCUGGUCGAGCCCGUCGAGAGCUUCUUGUCGAACGACGUUCGCCGUGUCAAGGAGCAGUCCAGCACGUACCAUCGUGCACAGGCAGAGGUAGAGUCCGCCAUUGAUCGCUACUCGGCGGUCAAGCCUCGCGACUACCGUGCGCUGAGCGAGGCGGCAACAACCCUGCGGGAGGCGCGUCGCAACGCGCACCGUCUUGGCUGCCGUGCCGUGAUUCUGAUCAACCAGCUGCAUGAGCGGAGCAAAUCCCUCGUACCGUCGGCCAUCUUGGAGGCGCUGAUCGGCCAUAGCACGUUCGCUCAGCUAACUUACAGUGUCGUCAAGACCGACUCACAGAGCAUCAUGACAACCCUCUACCAAACAAUGCAGGAGCGCUCGCAAAUGUUAGACCAGCGGAAACGGCGUGAUACCGACCAGAUGCGGGCUGUGGUGGAAGCCGAGGAAGCUGUGCGCAACCGCGCCCUCGUCCGCUUCCAAAUGCGCGACCUGCGUCUGCCCGAGCCCGCCAGCGCUCCCACUACUACCUCUGCGGUGGCUGCUAUUGCUGCAGCGGCCGCUGCGGCAUCCGCUUCGGCAACCGCGUCCAGCGCCAGCAGUCCGUCGCCCAUUCCCACGAGCGUCGUCUCUGCCCUCCUCGCCUCGUCCUCGCCUCCCUCUUCCAGCCCUCUCUCAAGCGGGCCUUUGGGGGCCGCGACAUCAGCAUCGAGUUUGAGCUCCUCUUUGCCAGCAGCAGCAGCAACAGCAGCAGCAGCUCCACUCGCAAGCACGCCGACUCCGGGAUGGGACGUGUCCGACCCCAGCGUGGCCUUCCCCUUCUUGGCAAACGGAGUCCGCGCUGGGUACCUCAACCUCGGCGAAAAGAAGCCUUAUGGCCUCUCUUGGUCGCGAUGCUACUUUACCAUUCAGGAUGGCCUGCUCGUUCAGCAGCAGCGGCGCUCCAAACUCACCACGUCGUCCGUCUCUGAAAAUCUGCGCAUCUGCACCGUCAAGCCCACGCACGACGUGGACCGCAACUUUUGCUUUUCAGUCAUUUCUCCGCGCACAACGCUGCUUCUCCAAGCAGAGUCGUCAGACGAGAUGCAAGCCUGGCUGAUGGCCAUUCAAAACGCCAUUGCCAGCGCAUUGACCACGAGUUCUGCUUCGGACUCGGCCAGUCGCACAGGCAGCAAUGGCGGUGGCCUUGGCCAAUCCCUGUCUGUGGAAGGAGCGAUGAGUGGCAGCCGCGUGCGACGGGCAGGCUCGUACAACGCCCUCAACGAAGUCGCGGAAGGCGAUGACCUGAUUCCGCAUUCUUCGUCCUUCCAAUCGUUUGAACAGCUCCCGCCAGUCGACGGAGACGCAUCAGACGGUCUGCUCAACACAAGUGGCUCGACGGCCUCCAACUCGGUGCCGUCCGCCGCCAUCACGGCUGAACUCAUGGCCAACCCCAUGGGCUAUCUCACGGCUCUGCCCUCGAAUGACGUUUGCGCGGACUGCGGCGCACCGCGUCCCGAGUGGGCCAGCAUCAACCUGGGCAUUGUGCUUUGCAUCGAGUGCUCGGGCAUCCACCGCAGCUUUGGCGUGCACAUUUCCCAAGUGCGCUCUCUGCUGCUGGACACCUGGCGGCCGGAAUGGGCAGAGCCCAUGCUGUCCAUCACCAACGCUCGUUCCAACAGCAUCUUUGAGGCGCGCGUUCCUGCGGGCAUGUCCAAACCACGCAGCGGCUCGUCGCGCAAGUACCGCGAGGAUUACAUCACCAUGAAGUAUGUCGACUUGGCCUUCAUGGAGCCAUUGAAGCGUCAAGACGUUCUAGCUGGACGACUGGCCAAGUCGGAAGCGCAGCGCCAGGCACCGCUCCCACCACUCGUCAUCAACCGUCCAGCCCCACUCCCGCAGGUUGCAAACCUUGUUGCCACUUUGGACGUCACGCCCAGCUCGCCCUUGGAUGAGAUUGACCUGGGAGGCUCUCCAAAGAUGGUGUCUACCAGCACCAGUGGAGGUGUUUUGCUGUCCAGCGAUACGAGCAACAGCGGCAGCAGCAGCGGCAGCUCCUCGUCCCAGUUUCGCAUGCGUGCUGCCACAUCUGAGAGCAAUCUCCAUGCCGCCAGCAUGAUGGACAGUCAGGCGUCGUCGCUGUCUCAGACAGCGCUUUCUCAGCCGAGCGAAGCGCCUCGGACACGAAGCUUUAGCAUGAAUCCGAGCAGUUAUCAGCGUCCUUCCGCCAACGUGUCCUCCACUGCCGCUGUGAUGGCUCCUCCUACAACUGUCGCAGCGCCAGCACCAGCUCCCACUCCCGCCCCUCAUGCCCCUGCCCCCAUCUCUACGUCUUCAUCGGUGCCUGCGAGCCGCCCGUACAUGUCCAUGUCAUCCGCGUCGUUUGCCAAAUCGUCCUCCACCAAUUCCUCCUCAAGCUCCAGCGCUGGCACGGGUGCGACACCAUCCACCUCCGCCCCAGAAGCACCAACCGGCGACUUGUUUUCGCGCUUUAGUCGAGCGUUGAACAGCGCCACCAAGACGAUCGUGGACAUUGCCAAGAAUGAGCAGCAGCAGCAGCAGCAGCAGCAGCAACUGCAGCAACAGCCAUAA